AACCUUGGGACCAGCACUUCACAGCUUGACUGCUUGCGGUCAAAACCCCCGCCAUUCGGUACGUACCUUUCCCUCAGUCACCUGCAGCUACAAUUCUGAGGUCCACUCCAGCUGCUCCCAUAUCCUCUAGCAACCGCACCCAACUUCUUCGGCCGGUUGUAAACACAGGCAGGGACAAAGGGCCUCGCGAGAUAUUUCGACGACUACCUCGACCGAAAACGGCAGAACAACCACGAUCCGCCGUCGCGGCCCGCAUUUGGAAAUUGGCCAGCCGACUUGACGAAUUGACAGCUACAGCAUCAAUGUGAAAAGCGCAAAGUUGCGCAGCUCCUUAUCCGCGGACAGCUCACCUGCACGACAAUCCACGAUGCCGCGGCUCGUGCGCAAGGCGCCUCUCGCUGAGCGCGUCAAGGCCAUGCUCAACCCCAUGGACUUUCUGCUGUGGCUUUCGGAGGAGAUCGAGACCAGGGACUGGAACUCCAAGGUCGUGGGUACGCGACUGGGACUGUCCAUGAACUUCAUGUUUCUGCUGGCCAGAGCCAAUUCCAGCAAGAGUACUACGGCUGACGACGUCUUUGGCGAUGGAGGCGAAUCGGGAUGGUUGACCUUUGUUGGCGCCCUCGUCUGGUUUCUAGCCGGAUUUUCUGUGUUGAACGCCGUGUACACCCUGAACCGCACUCGCAAAUACCGCCUGUUUGAAGCCGAUGUCGAGAAGGAGCAGCAAACCCCGUCAGCGCAGCGCGUACGAGUUCAGUCCUCCCCGGUGUCUUCAUCUCCUCUUCGCUUUUUGACAGAUAUGAUGGGCUCUGAGAGUGCCGAAUCCCGGGCCCACCCGGAUAGAACCCGGGAUGUUUGGGAGAUCGCAGUCUGGGAUCCUUUGCCCAUCUCUCUCAGCAUGUUCUGUUGUUUCAGCCCGGGGCAUAUCUUGGUGUACAUGCUCUUUUUGCCGCUUGCCUCUCUCGAUGUGAGACCCAGCAUCACCGUUUUCAACUGCCUCGUGUUGCAAUUCAUUCUAUCGGGACAGUUGACUCUCCUUCAGUCCAGAUUCUCCCAGCAGAACAAGGACACCUCUAUCAUUCAGAAGGAGGUCAUGCACGAAUACGAUACCAAGUUUGUCCACCCUCGUUUAUACCCCACUGUGAGAGAUGCAUCAACGCAACUGUCCCAAAACGAGUCUGGUCACAGCGAAGAAGCCGUGGAAGUGGGAACACCGACAACCGUACUCCGCCGUGGAUUCCGAACAAACCCGAAUCUCAACUACAUCAAGCACAUUGAUCCAGACGCUACCGUACAAUUCCGAUCUAGAAUUACCCAAGACACGAAUCCUGGAUUGUUUACGCCUCCUGUCGCUCCUCGGCAACCAGAGUCCUUCGCCUCGGCCCUCAAAGCCCGCCCAACCCCUAUGAGAAGAAGCACUCCUGGACAGCCCACACCUGCCAAUACGGGGCUGUUCGCUUCAGUACCUGCCUCCACCAAACAAGCUCGGUCAUCAACUCAGACUCAAACCCAGAACCAAGGGAACGGGGGCUACCUGGGGAUAUUUACACACCCAAACUCACCCCUGAAGAAAACACCUAGUCUAGGCGAACUCCAGUUCAGAUCCCCUCGCAACAAUAGCGAGAUGGCUAAACUGGAGCAAUUUCAAGCCUACAAAGCGAGAGAGCAGAGAGAACGUAGUACUAGUCCAUUAAAGGGUACAAGAAACAGCACAGGCACUAUGGCCUCACAACCAUCUCAACCAUAUGUAAGGAACCGGAAUCAAUAUGAGCGAUAUCCUUCCAUGUGGGGGUAGGAUAUUGAUGCACGAGUAAGUAACUAUGGGCUGGCUGGCUUCUGUUUCUGCAUUGAUACAUACGGGAUAGCAUUUGCCGGCGUUGCGUGGGUCAUGUGUGUUAUAACUAUUAGGAGCGGGCGAUGCUCUAAACUAUUAUUGCAAUUUCUGAUUACUUAUAUGGAGUUCUUGAGGCUGGGACUUUUGACAACCAGAACGGUCGCAAGCACUGGCAGGAGCCUUUCUAAGUUGCAAGGUUGUGACUCUGUCGGACCUACUACGUGGUUUCCUGUAUUGUCUGCUUGCUCCUGCCUUCAACUUGAAACCUGGGAGCCGAGUAUUCACAGCCACCUGGUGGCUUCCUAUUCAAGUGUAAACAAUAUGAAUAGUACGACGCAUGCAUUGGUGU